CCGAACCAUGUGCAUGGUCGGCGAGAGUCCUAACCGCUAUACUACCGACGCACUUCCGGUAAAAUGCCUACAGUUUUAAUACUCAACAGAAUAGUGGUCAUUUGUUUGCUUCUUCAGUUGGGAAUUAAGUUGUGCUGUCUUUAUAGUGCCUGUCCCUCACCUAAAUGCUUAUCGCUUAUCUUCAGGACUACAUGUUGAUUAAGUGUGUAUGAUCAUACACAUAUUUCAUGACAUAUGUUGUUGAUAAUGGAUACCUUGUUUUUAUUAGUUUACACAGCCGGUUUGAAAAAUUUUGAAGGAUUUUUAGCAUUUCAGAUUUAGCAAACUUGUUAAUGUAAUACUUUAAGUUCCAUUUUCUUCAAGAAAUACAACAUUUCUUACGACAUAUUGACAAAAGACUUAUCACUCGGUACUAGUCAAAUAAUUGGAUUUUCUACCUGAUGGCACUCGUCAGCAGGUGUAUCUGAUUGACUGGUUUCAACAUAGAACUUUGCACCAAUGUGCAGCAGUUCUGUAGUCAGUUGAUGUAAUGUGACCUUGGUAACUUACCUGAAUUCAGACAUUUUACAUUAGAGAGUAGUUAGUGUGAAAUACCUUGCGUUUCCAGUAUUUCGAAAAUCAUAGAAGUCAUAAAAUAAGAAUUUUUGGAAGUUUUUCCCAUAAAAACCGAUAUCCUGUAAGUUUUCUUGACGCAUUUUCACUAUAUGAUAGGAUCCCACAUAUUUUGGUAUUGACUGUUUAAUCUUGCAUAUAUGGUAUGUUAUCAUUCUCACACAUUUUGGUAUUGACUGCUAAUUUUGUAUAUAUGGUAUAUUAUCAUUCUCACACAUUUUGGUAGUGACUGCUAAUCUUGUAUAUAUGGUAUAUUAUCAUUCUCACACAUUUUGGUAGUGACUGCUAAUUUUGUAUAUAUGGUAUAUUAUCAUUCCCACACAUUUUGUUACUGACUGUCAACCUCGCACAUAUGGUAUAUUAUCAUCUCUCACGCACUUUGUUAUUGGCUAUUAAGAUAAAUUAUUUCAAAUGCUGUUAGCUGUCCAUAUUGUUGUAAAAUGUAUAAAUACCAUGGCUUUCUUUAUCGUUGUUGCACUUCAAUACACAGUCACAGUCCAGCCUUUGUCUUUUGAUAUUUGCGUGCUUUACCAAGUCGGAAGGUACGACAAGCAGAUAGACAGAUUAGUUCAGGCGCAGACAGAAUAAGGUGAAAACGUCUUCAUUCAAUUCCCUACAGUUAUAACACUAUAUAACAAGUUUCUUCAGUGUCUGACUGACCUGUCAACGUUGUAGUGCUUAUAAAACUUCAUUUUCUUCGAGUUGCCAAACAUUGGAGUAGCACAUUAAAAUAGCAAUGAAAUGCGAUGCAACUACGACAGAGAAAAUUACAUGAUUAUAGAGCGUUUCCAGAAUCUCGAUAAUGAAAAACAGUGAAUGCACCUGCACCGUUUCAAACGAUAUUUUCAUAUAAGGACGAACUCAUCGUACUGCAGAUAUUCUUGAUGUUCUAACUUUUACUUGACUAAUCACGUAUGACACUUGGACGUACAAAGCCUUCGUUCUCUGAAAUAAAAUCUCAGUUAGAUAAUUAUCGUCUGGAACAUCUAACACCGUGUGAAGUGGAACUUACACUCCCGAAAGUUGUUGAAAAACCUGCAGAAAAGUCAGAUAAACCACCAUCUAGAAUUAUUGCAAUUUUCAAUUUAUGGUAUAUUCAGCUUACAAUUACUUUUCUUAUAUGGAUAGCAGCUAUACAGAUUGAGUUCGGAGCUGUAUUCUUUGUCAUUGCAUCAUUAUACUGGUUAUGGGUAUGGGGUACAACAAGAAAUCCUAAACCACGUGUAUCCAAUAAUCCUGAUGAACAAAUUAUAUCGGCUGGUUUCUUUUUCGACACUUCGCCUAUUCCCUCUAAAGGUGUAUUUUAAUGGAACUCUCUUUUCCUCUCCUAAUAAUCACAAAAUUUUUAUAUGACACUUCACGUAUUCCUGGGUUAAUAUUUGGACUUUCCAAUAAUUUUAUUUUUUAUUUUUUGUAUUUCAUUGAAAACGUAAGUACAUUUGCAGUUUUCUUUUUUGCCCUAUGUGAUUAAAGAUAAAUUCUUAAUGAAAUUAAAGUCUUUCGGCUGUUUUUUUCUUCAUUUACACUGUAAUCUGGAGACAGAUGAUGUCGAGUACUUUUCGAAGCAUUCAUAUUGUAACAGCAGAUGGCAAGACAUGGAAGUCAAGGUGUAUUUUCAAAUGAUUGAACAGUUAUUUAUUAUAUCUACACACUUUGUAUUCUUUAACUAAUCACUGAGUGUAUGGUUUUGAUUUACAUUAAAUGACAUGAAAUAGAAUGUUCAAAUACAUGUAUAGUAUUCUGUUGCUGAUGCAGUGUUGACUGUGAGAACAAUACCCUGUUGGAACCCA